AUGGCGGCAGAUCUGGGAGAUCUCUUGGCCAAGGUGCUCCCCACCGGGGUUGAGAUCACCGUUCGCCAUGUCUCCUCAACACCCACUCCAUGUGAAGCUCUCUUUGCAGCUCCGCCGGGCCAGGUCUCCGAACCGACAUUCUGCGAAAAUCAUUUCCUCUCAGUGUCAAUUGACUCCAAUGAUGACGGUGAGACAAUUAUCUUCGGAAUGGAGGUGAUGGUCUACAACACGGCCCACUUGACUACCAUCUUCGUCUCCAAGGCCGACUCGACUGGUUUCCUGCAUCUUCUAAAAUUGCCACGCAAGGUGUCAAUCUUGAGGCUGGUCUCCAACACAUUUCUCUCAUUUCUGGCUCGGACCCGCCAACGGCCCGGUGUACGUCUGGUCGUGUCGCUGUUCGCCCGCGCCCAGAAUCAGUACCUGUUUCCGGGCAGCAUUGAGAACGCCGAAAAGCACGUUCUAGACGAUCGAGGCCUAAUCAAAUGGUGGUGUCGUGUUUUAGAUCCGAUUUUACGCGAGCACGAACCAGAAUCUGCUCUUCAAGAAACGAAAGCGCUAGAUCAAACAAUUGAAGCUGCCAAGGCCUCUGCUACCGCAUACUUGAUCGUUCCAAGCUGUGACCGCUUUGAGACACGUAAUUUCUUCCCGCCUACGGCCAAGACCGAUGCGAAGGAUCGCCCACGGUGGCUCAACAGCUACCCCUUGAAGCAAUUGUGCCAUGACCCCUCGGCUCCUCCCCGCUGCUUGGUGCCUCGUUUCCCUGAUGAUCCCAAGACUCGUUUCCUCAUCGACCUAGACGGUGAACUUCCCGAGGAGAAGGAAGGUCAGCCUGUUGUCUCUAAUGCCGGACGCUGGCGCAGCGUACGUUCCUUGGACCAAUUCUGGGAGAUGAUGUCUUUCCGUCAAGAAUGCUCUGCUGGUCGGUUAGUCGGCUUUCUGUGGUUGGUCAUCAAUCCUCCGGGCCUCAUGAACUCGACAUCAAUGGAAAGCCAAACAUGUGGUUCUUCUGACAACGGCCCGGUCUCCGAUAGAACAGAGAUUUCUGAGACUAUUGCGAACGAGGAGAAAGUACAGAGUGGCUCUAGCCAGUCUGAAGAAAACGCCACCUUAACGGAGGCAACAACAAAUUCCACGACUGCCAAUACCUCCCCCAAACUUCCCCGGGAUGAUGGAUCUAGCGCUGUCAACCCUUUCGAUUGGCCAGAGGCCGGGCGCGGACAGGUCGUCCUCGGCGAAGCAGACUACAAAACGAUGAUGGAUUCAGUUCUAGACCAUUUCUAUGACGAGAAAGAAGUGAUCGCCAGUACCAAACUCUACGUUGACCAAGUUUCUUCCCUGGCGGACGAGCUUACAUGGGGGAAGAAGGUUGUCGGCAGCAAUACGACGAUCAGCACUACUUCCCAGCCUGCCAAUACCAAUACCAACAAUGUCCUAGAUUUAGGACUGAUCCGCAAGCGAAAGAAGUCAUUGGGCGAGAGCAACACGCCCGUCGUGAAUGGUACCCAACCACCGAGUGAAUCGAGAGACACACAACCAGCUCCGUCAGAGCCGGCUGGCGUCAAUGUGCUCAAUGCGAGCCUGGUCCGGAAGAAGAAGAAAACAUGA